UGAUUCAUCGCAAUUAAAGCAAAUCAUCUUCUUCGAAAUUAAAUAUGAUUAUUCAGAAUACAGUAUUUAGAUCAUUAGUGUAUGGAAUUCGAGCGAUAUAAUUUUAAUUGAUUUAUUGAGCUAGAACGUGAAGUAAAAACGUUUGUAAAACAUUUAAAUAUAGGGAUGUUUUCAAUAUAUUUUGCAAACAUAUAUGUGUGUAUACAAUGUGAUACCUCAUAUUUUUAUUUUUGAAACAACAACAACAACAACAACAACAACAGCAACAGCAACAACAACAACACCAUCACCACCACAACCAACAACAACUACAACACCAUCACCACCACCACCAACAACAACAACAACACCAUCACUACCACCACCAACAAAAACAAAAACAAAAAUAACAACAACGCCAACAUUAACGACAACAACAAGUACAAAAAAAUUGGAAUACCAAAACGUGGGCGAAAUGACAUGCGUGGAUUGUAAGGUAGUGUUGCUAGGAAACGCGAACACAGGGAAAACAUGUUUACUCAGGAGAUACAAGGACAAAACUUUCUGUGAAUUGUCUCAAAUGACUGUCGGUGCUGCGUUUUUGCCCAUGACCGAAACGUUUGAUGAUGUAACAGUUAACCUUGGCUGUUGGGACACUGCCGGAAGUGAGCGUUUCGCUUCAGUGACCCGGAACUACUACCGUGGCGCAUGCGCAGCAGUGAUUUGUUAUGACCUUACCUGUGUAGAAUCGUUCAACGGAGCACAAAAAUGGGUGUCAGAAAUGACUGCUAUGGUUCCGGAGUGCAAAUUAUACUUGUGUGGUACGAAGAAAGAUCUGAUUGACUCGGGCAACUUUCCCCGUGCAGUACCAUUAGCACGUGUCAGGGCGUUUGCAGAAGCAGAUGACGUGCAAGCAGAUAUUUUUCAAACAUCAAGCAAAACUGGAGAAAAUAUUGAGACCUUGUUCAGGAAAAUUGCGCGCGACUAUUCGGUUGCGAACAGCAUUCUACCCGCAGGACCUCGACCAUCAACUAGCAAUGGAUCUUUCCGGUUGGAGAGUUGGAGAGAUGACCCCAGAGUGAAAAAGACUGCAGAUUCAACGUGCUGUCACUAACAUAAUUGUUUGUUUGUGAGAGUGGACGAUAUACCAAGACAUACAUCAAAGGAAAAGACUGAAACUUAUGCACCAGUCAUUUGUUACCACGCCCCCCAGGUCCGGGGAAUAGCGGGAACUUUGACUUUCGGUCCAGCCAAGCCCGGGCAAAAUAUCCGCCCUGCGGGGACAAACUGAUGGUAAAAGCCACGCCAAAUGCCCCCGCACCCAAGGGACCCUAGAUAAUGCCAAUUCCCCGCUAUAUUUGGCGUGAAGACAAAACCACCGCAGUCACCCGGCACUGCGGGGCCACCUGGAAGGUAAAAACACGGCCCAUUUCCCCGGCUAUCCCCGGUAUACCCCCGGACCGUGGGGGGGCCGUGGUUACAAUUGACUGGUGCAUUAUACAUGUGUAUAUAACGUUCAUCAAAUAUAACACUUUGGAAAUCAUCAUACUUGAGAAACCUUUACUGACGUGUUAUGAUUGCAUUCUCAGACGCUGGUUCUUACUGAACAUGUAAGCUAUGUUGCAGAUGUUAUUUUACAUAUAAGGUUUGAUCUUUAUCUAAUGGUGUUUGUGUGUAUGUGUGUGCGAUCAUGACUGUCUAUUACUAUAUGUUUGGAUUUUAAUCCACAGUAGAUUGUUUGAAUAUUGAAUAUUUGAAAAAUCUCCCUCAAUAAGUAAAUCAAAGCACUGAAAGUACUGAAAGCCCUGCAGUGGACGGUUGGCUAGAUGAUAUUGUACGCUGGAAUGUUUCUCUGGUGAGUCAGAUUGACAUGGAAUAAAACAGACUUUCAGAUAUGAUGCGAUGUCCAGGGUAUGAAAAGGUGCUGAUUCCAUUGUUAAAAGAAACGUUUUUGCCGUCUAUGUUAGGGCGUUGGGGUUGCGUAUUUUACUUUCAAGUGCACAAAAAUAGAAACUUUGUCCUCUAGAAUUAUGGAAAUGAUAGAAAAACGAGUAAAGAGUAUAAUGGUAUUUAUUUCAGUAUUACAACGAACUUGCAUAAUACAUUGUUUUAUGCGUAUGCUAUAUGGUCUUCAUAGCACUUAGCAGUUUAAUAUCAUCCAAUUAUUAUUCUAAUUGCGUUUUGUAAAGCAUCCACAUCCAUCACUGAAUGUGACUGGUAAAAUUUGUACUUAGCGUCCAACUUAUUCGGAUACGACAUUUUCAUGGUAUGAAGUAUCCAAGUUUCGCGUACGAUUUCAAUAUGCUUGAUAAUGUUUUUCGAGCUAAACCACAAGCUAAAUAUAAUGCCAGGAAUGCCAUUUUGUCCAUUUUUUAUCGCCAUAGCCAUAACAUUUGUUAUAGUUACUGCUCAUGUACAGAUUUUCGCCUGUUGGAUGGAACUGUUUUCUUAGCCGCGUAGACAAUGAAAUUGCCUUUAAAAUCCACUUCAAGACGGUUGCAAAUACUCGUUAAUCUGUGAUAGAUUUAGUGCAGUAUAAAACUGAACUCCUGAAGUACCAGUAGAGAAAUAUGAGAUGAUUGUUGACCAAGAAUAAAAACAACUAUGGUAUCAUUAUAUGACAAAUUGUUAUGAUUCCUCACUUUAUUAUCAUCAUCUUGGUUCAUCAAUCCUAAGUAGUUUCACUGUAAAUAGUAAGUCGUUUUGCAAAAGCUAUCAUAAUGCCUUGUUCUGAUGUUGUUGUUUUUGUAUCUGUUAUCAUGGUUAUCUUUAAUAACGUAUCACCCUGACUUGAGGACAAAGAACCCGAUACAAUAAUCAGUUGAAAGAAAGAACAUUCCGAACUAUGACGAUCAUAUUGAAUAAGCAUAUUUUUCUGUAUAUAUGAAUUGUGAACUUAGUAUUUAGGGUAAAUAUACGUUAGUCGUUGAUCUGA